GCCUCUCCUUCUCCCUCUCUGGGCGGACUCCAACCGCUGCUUUCUCUGGUUAGUUCCCCUCGGGUUCUGGAAGUUGUGACCCGAACAUGUCGGCCGUACCGGACCAUGGAGACGGGCUCUCCAUGGAGGAGCGGAGGAGGCGGGGCGCGGCGCAGACCUUCCGCGGGGAUCUGCACUCAGUCCGGAUGGAUCCCGGCCGGACCCGAACACGCCCCCAAAACGAAGCCGUGCUGCAGCCAUCCCAUGACCCGGCGGUCCCAGCUCCUCAGUUGGACGACUGCGAGAGGAUGGGGACUCUGUUUGGGAUGAUCAACAAGUGCCUGCGGGGCCUGGGCUUCAACCAGGUCUACUUCGGGGACCGGACAGUGGAGCCAGUGGUGGUGCUGGUCUUCUGGGUCCUGCUCUGGUUCCUGGGCUUCCAGGCUUUGGGAUUGGUGGGAACUCUGUGCAUCAUCAUCAUCUACAUCCAGAAGUGAUGGUCCGAGCGGAGCCGCUGGGUUCUUUCGGUGCAGACUGGUUUUAUGCUGACGGCGGGUCGUAGUCAGAUGUUUUGAGGAGCAUGGAAGCUUGAAGUUAUUUAGGGUGGAAAUAAACCCUCAUCUGCGAACAUUUGGGUUUCCCCCUGGACAAUCAAAUGGAGCUGUUAUUUCCUGCUUUAAUUAUAAUGAUAGAAGCUCUCUGCUUUAACAGCCAAAGAUGAUAAUUUCCUCCAAACACCCUGAUCAUUUCUUGUUUCCUAUUUAAUGACUAAACUGGUUACCUGGUUUGCUUUUAAAGUAUUUGCCUUCCCCUUCCGUUUCUGAUUUCCAGCGAUCAUUCCGGUGCAUUGCAGAAAAUAUUCGGUCCACUUUACGUUUCACCCUGAUGCUCCUGUCGCCCUCCAUCCAAUAGAUUCACAGAAAACUGUUUGUGUUCAGGAGCUUCACUGCAAAAACACAAAACCUUACCAGGUAUUUUGAGUCUAGCUUUUAGUGCAAAUAUCAAAAUAAGACAAAACUGACUUAUAAGUAACUGUUUAGGAAGAAAUAGGAGAUUGUUUUGAGUAAAUAAUUCUUCAAUACUGAUCUAAAAGUUCAAGUAGAACCAGUAUUUUUUUAAUCAAUAUUAAGGAAUUGUUGAUUGAAAAUAAGCUUCUAUUUCUUCCUGAAAAGGUUUUUGUGAGUUAGUUUUCUUAUAUCAAGUGCAUUAAGAUGUUUUAACUCGUAUUUAGAUGAAAUUACUUAGUAAGAUUUUGUGUUUUUGUUGGAAAGUAUCAUGGUGGUGUACGGUGCGUAAACUUCCAUUUCGUCAAAUCGGUUCUAGAUAAACUCUUCUCUGGUUCUGAAUGCAGUUCUGCCUCACAUCAGUCCUGGUUUUCCAGGUUCUGUUCAUAAUUGGAGAAGCCAAACUGAGCAGCUUUGCCUCACUAUGAGUCACUGUUUUUUAUUCCCUAACAGUUGAUUGUAGAUUCUGAUGAGGAUCAAACGUGGAUCAACAUAUCCGAUAAAAAAAUAAGCAGCUUAAACUCAAAUGCUGGAGCUCAGUUGCUUCCAGAGGAGGCUUCGUUUGUGUUUAUUGCUUCUUAGGAGACGACAAAUAGUCAAAACUGAGGCGUCACCGAACAUAUCUUCACACCGUCUGCAAGCUUUAACUACUUUGAAUGUGAUUAAAUGAGGCUUUCUGCUAUAUUUACUGCAAAAACAUAAAUUCUUACCAAGUAUUUUGUUCUAGUUUUUAGUUCAAAUAUGUUAGUACAGUUGAAAUAAGACAAAACUAACUUACAAGUAACUUUUCAGCAAGAUUGAAGCAUGUUUUAAGUCAGUAAUUUCUUAAUAUUUACUAAAAAGUACUUUUUCCACUGACAAGAUUUUCACCUACAAUGAGACAUUUUUCCAUGUUUUAAGUGAGACUUCUACUUAUUUUAAUAAAUACCAAGGAAUUAUUUACUUAAGAUAAAGUCCUAUAUCUUGCUGAAGUUUCUUGCAAAAUGUUUGGUUGGAUUUCAAGUGUACAAAGAUAUUUGCGCUGCAUACCAGACCAAAAGUACUUUUGUGUUUUUGCAGUGUUGUAAAAAUCAGAUUGGAGGAAAAACACUAAAGAUGCAAACGUCUUUAUUCCUCCUACAGGAGAACAUUGUGUUUCUGACACUGCAAUGUUGGUUUAAAAUGUGAAUUUAAUAAAAGGUUUGCUGAUUAUA